AAAAGCAUUAGUUGACAUUGACACUUCGCAGCACGGAGAGGUAGCGAAAGUUGAAACCCUAAACAGCGCGGGAAAAAGGAAUCGGUUUCGCAAAUGUUCUCCAGUUCCCAAUUCGACGCCGCCGCCGCCUUCUCCGGCGGCGGAUUCACGUCCUCUCAGCCCUCUCAACUCAACGAUUCCUCCCCUGCUGCGUCCAAGAGCCGCGACAGUCAGGGUUUGGUGCCGGUGACGGUGAAGCAGAUAAGUGAAGCCUCUCAAUCCGGUGAUGAAAAGUCAAAUUUUGCCAUCAACGGUGUAGAUCUCAACAACGUAACGCUGGUUGGAAUGGUGUAUGAGAAAGUUGAGAGGAACACUGAUGUCAAUUUUGUUUUGGAUGAUGGGACUGGGCGAAUCAAAUGUCGAAGAUGGGUUAAUGAGACUUUUGACACAAAGGAAAUGGAGCAAGUAAAUGAUGGUAUGUACGUUCGUGUUUAUGGGCAUUUGAAGAGCUUUCAAGGAGUUAGGCAACUUGUCGCAUUCUCUGUCAGGCCCGUGACAAACUUUGAUGAGAUCCCUUUUCACUUUAUUGAUUGCAUUCAUAGCCAUCUCCGCUCCAAAGUAAAGGUGGAAGGAAUCACUUCAACAAAUCCUUCAUCUGUUACGUCUUUUAACACUCCUGUCAAAAGUGAACCAAAUGGAUCUCAGGCACCAUCAUCAAAUCCAGGAUAUGCACAAUAUAGCGUGGAUGGACUUAAGGAUUGUGAUAAAUUGGUUAUUGACUACCUACAUCAGCAUUCAGAUAUGUCAGAUGAACGUGGAAUACAUGUUAAUGAACUAUCACGAGAGCUCAAGCUUCCAAUGGAUAAGAUCAUGUUGUCGCUGAAGACUCUUGGAGAUGAUGGUUUAGUAUACUCUACCAUAGAUGACUACCAUUACAAACAAGCUUGAAAUUUCAUGUAAUCUGAUGAGAAAUAUAGCUGAGUAUCGAGCUGGAUACUAGGAAACGAGCCGUUAUCUGUUUUGAUUACAAGCUUAGAGAUGUAGAUAAGUUUAUGGAUGAACUAUGGUGUGCCCAAAUCGAAAGAACCACUUCUAACGUCUUGUUAAAUGAUGCUAGGUUGCUUUAAAAAAUAUGUACUUCCAUUUUUUUGUUAUUUCUUGGAAACGACUUCUAUUUUCAGAUCUAUAUUUUUGAAAAUAUUUAUUAGGUUUUGUUUUUAA